AUUGUCUAUUCAUUUAUGUCUGGAGGUUAAAAACGGAAAGUUUGAGCGCAGUGAGGGACUGUGGGGCUCUUGUUAGGUGAGAGGAGUAGAGGAGGGAGGGUGGUAGGAGUGAGUAAGGGGGGAAUGCAGCUUGGACAUUCCCAGGCUGGGAAACAGCAGUGAGCGUGGAGCAGAGGAGAGAAAGACGGGCUGAAAGAAGGACAAGAAGAACGCUUGAAGGAGGAAGUAAUGACAUUAAAGUGUCAGGAAGUGUGCAGCAACUCCACAUGAGCGGAGAAAUUCUGUACAGAGAAUGCAAAGAGGAAGCAAAUGCAGGAAAGGAGCGGGACUAGGUAGGAAUUCCUGACUGAAGUCAUGGCUUCAGAGGCAAUGGAGGACUGUGUGCAGGGGGCGCUCUCAUCUCUUUAUCCUCCAUUUGAGAGCACAGCGCCUCCUCUCCUCUCCCAGGUAUUCUCAGUCCUGGAGUCCACUUAUCAACACGACAGUCUCCGCUACCUCCUGGACUACUUUGUCCCUGCUAAGCAUCUUCUGCACAAACUCCAGCAGCAUGCAUGUUCUCAGUACCUGGGCUGUCUGUUCCUUCACUCUGGCUGGCCCCUGUGCCUGGGGGAGAAAGUCGUCGUCCAGCUGUCUACCCUCGACUGGCGACUCCUGCGCAGUAAUGACUUCUACCUGCAGGUGGUGCCCUUCUCAACACGCUGUCCUCGACUGGCCCUAAAAUGUCUGGCCUCUGGGGGGCGCACUGUCCAGGAAAUCUUAGUACUGGAGUCACAGCACCCCCUUGUGUUCACCACUGAGUGGCUACACAGCAUCAACAAAGAACGAGGCCACAAACGAGAAGUUGGAGGAGGUCUCGACACUUGCCUGGUCAGUACGUGUGACGGCGUGGUACGGCUACCGUGGAAGGAGGUUGUCUACCCAAAAUUCAUCCACGACCCUUCGGAAGUGUUGGGCCUGAUGUCGCACCAUGAAGGCCCCAUAUCCAGUCGCCUGCCCAGUGAAGGGGGCAACAGCGUUGGAGGCUGGGGUGGCUCAUCCUCUGGGGAACUGGACUCCUGGUCUUGGGAUGAGGAGAAAGAGGAGGAGUUACCUCCUGAUGGCUUGGACACUCAGCCUGCUCUACCACGACGAAGGCGCAGUGAAGACGGGCUGGGACGAACAGCAAGGUACCCUCAGAUAGAUGGUGAAUAUGUGGAGCUGCUGGAGCCUAGAGGAGGUCCUGAUGGAGGUGUUGACACAAAGCAGAGAUACUUGGAGAUGCAUGGUAUCUGUAAGACCAAAACUCUGCCUCUGUGUAGGAGAGGUAAAGCCAUUAAACUCCGGAAGGGGAAAGCCUGGGGUUAUGGAAGAUUAGAUGGCUCAGGAAGCUUUCGCACUGUCCUUGGUGCCAAAAGAGACUUGGUGGCAUCCAAGAGUAAUACGCUACCUCCUCAAGAACCACCUGCAGUCACUCAACCCAUUAGAGGGAGGCGGUCUUACUCCUCUUCUGUCCAUGACUCUGAUGAAGGUGAAAAAAACAGCAGAGACUCCGAAUAUCUGGAAAACCCUAGGCUUUAUUUUGAUGGUCCCUUCAACGAGAGGAGGCCUGGGGUGGGAGGGGAGAGAGAGAGUAACAGCCCGGCCCAGCCAUGCAGCCAUGACCACAGAAAUAAAGACUCUGAAAGCAGUGGCAGUUUGCUCAUGAGUGAAAUCCACAACUUGACAAAUCACAAACUUGCGCAUGUUACUGAAGGCCACUCAGACCAUGGACUUCAUUCAGACUCUGUUUUUGAGGACACAGACAAACCACUGGGUGGAGACAGUGAGUCCACCACCCCAACAUCAGACACACCACAGAGCUCCAUUAAUGCAGCUUCAACAGGUCCACAGAUUACUAACAGUGGACCUGAAAUGACAAGUUCUCAGCGGGAAAACACAAGUAUAACUAGAAAUUCUGCUAAAGACUCUGAACUCAGUGCCGGUUCAUCACAGCAAAAGGCAACAGAAGAAAUACAGGAUGGAAAAACGGAAGACAGAGUCUGCCCCAGCGGAAAAGAAGUUAAAACAGCAGGAUUCAGAGCGCCAAGGAGGAAAAGGAAGGGAAAGGGAGCCAAAGGGAGGGCUAAGUCUGGCGGUCGUGCACACCAGAAGAGCUCAAAACCUCAGGGUAAAACUCCUCAACCAAGCUCCACCUGUUCCACCUCAACAAAACUGCCAAUCGCAAACAAAAACCAAUUGGAACAAACAGAUAAGGCAAAUAUUCCUGCUGGGGAGCGCACGUCAACUACGGACACAGAGGACAAUGAGCUGAGGAAAAACAGCACAGACACAAAAGCAGAAUCUUUGCAUGCGUGUAAUGGUCAGGUGGACACCACCUCAUUUAACCAUUCAGACAAGGAAGCCACAUCGGUGGAGAAAUGCCCAGACCCCCUGAAUGGCUUUACAUUCAAAGAACCUCCUCUACUAAAGGAACUGGAGCCAGAUCUUCUCCAGUCGGGGAAACUGAAGCUGAUGGGUACAGUUGACAGGCUGGGACGUGCUCUGGUUGUCACGGAAACAGAUGCACCCGAGGAAGGCUUCUGUGGGGAGGACUUGGCUCUGGUCCUGGCCUGCUACCACAGGAUCACUCGGCCUCCAGCCAAAGAAAAAGGUCUGACGGUGUUAAUAGACAGCAGACGGUCUGCGCCCUCCGCCCUGUGCUUCUCCGCGCUCAAGUUGUUCCAGAUGUUUGUUCCUGGAGGUCUUGGAUCUGCUUUGAUUUUGGUGGAAGAACAGCAGGAGUCCCUUUCUUACGGUCUGGACGGAGCAGAGAUCCAUGUGGUGCGAGGAACAGGGAUCCUCCAGCAAUAUGUUGACAAGCAGCAGCUGCCCAAAGAGAUGGACGGAGACUUCAGUCACUGCCAUUCGGACUGGCUGGCCUUCAGGCUGAGCCUGGAGACCUUGACAGAGCGGUGUGAGACUGCUCUCUCACUGUUAGGAGAAGCACUGCAGUCUAUGGACAGUGAGCCAAUGCCAGACACCAUCAAGGUUGUUCCUAUCAGCAUUCAAAAGCACAGACAACUCAUGGAGAGCGUCCUGGCUGACCAACGCUUGACUGAGCUGCAGCAGAGAGGUGGGGCCUGGCUGGCAGGGCUGAGUAACAGCACGUGUGGAUUGGCACAGAAGUCACCAGACUGCAGGGCGGCUCUAGCAACAACAUCCAAACUCUACGACAGUGUGGAUGACGCUCUCCAUCGGCUUGUCAGAGUAUCCAACCAGAGAGGACGUGACCUGGAAGCUCUCGGCCGACUAGCUGGGUUGGUGGACAAACUGGAAAAGUGUGAUAAGGAGAUUGAGCAAGUCCAGUCUCAUCUGGAAGACUACAAAGACCCUCCUCUCUCUCUCAGCAGAUUGUCUCUCAAACAGCAGAAGUUCAAGACAUUCAGAGAGAUGGCUGAUGACCUCCACAGUGAGACUCUCUCAGUGCUCAGCGAUUUGGAGGGCUGGUGUGAGCUGGACUGGGAAGGCCUGAGUGACGUCCAGAUCAGACUUCCACCAGUGAGGGAGAAACUUCGAGACAUGACCCACUGCCUCUCAGACUGCUGGACCACGCUGGACAACACUCAGAGACUGCUGUCCACACUGACUGAGGCCACUCAGUGGUGCGAUGCAGUCUCUUCGCCCUCUUCCUCCCAAUCUUCCUCAUCAUCCACCUCUUCUCUCGCCUCCCUCCCUCCAAUCCCCCCAUCUCGAUUCCAAGAUGCUCGGUCUUUAGCCAUCGAGCUAGGUGGGGGGGCACUCCUGGAUCUUUGGACCCAGACAGUGGAGCGUUACCAGCGUACUGUGGCACAGGUCAAACCCCGCUUCCUCCAGGCAGAACGGUCACAGAACCAGGGCCAGGGGAAGCCCAAGACACCAUCAGCUAGCAGUGUUUGGGACCUGAUGGGUCCUGAGGGAGAAGGAGACUGGGGUCUGGGAGCCGGAGGAGGUGAAGGGGGACUGCAGUCGUGGGGAUCCUUGGCAUCCCUGUUCAGACCACAAACCUGUUCCACACUGAAGAUAGGAGAGGAGAAAGGGAAUAAGAAAGAGGGAGCAGGGGGAGGAGCAGGCGGAGUUGGAGGAGGAAAGUUCCUGCAGAACCUUCUCAAUCCUGCAAAGAAAAGCCCCACAGAAGCUCCGCUCCCUCCAAAGCCCCCCAGGAAGCGCCAUCCCAGCUUCGACCUCCAGGCACUCCUGGCCCCCCGAAGAGGCACAACCUCCCCAAAACCCGUGGAUUCCCCACUUGGUCCAGCAAGCCGUAACUCCCCGAUGUCCUGGCUGGGGCGACGGGCCUUAGCUGACCCAGUCAUCACAGCUAGCAUGACAGCAGCUGUCCCAGGAUGGAGCAGUGGAGGACGAGGAGGUGGGGUGUUGAUCCGUGGGGUGGAGGUCAGUAGCAAGGAGGUGGUGGAUCAUACAGGGUCGCCAAGGCAACACGUGUUGCUGGGCAGGACUGAGAGGGAGACAGGAACGGAGAGAGCGGGUUCCACAGUGCAGAGUAAGCUCUACCUGCUCUGGUGUAGGAUGCUGAGUUCAGAGAGGCAGUAUGUAGCUGUCCUGAAAGGGGUGGAGGAGACCUACCUUCCCUUACUGGAACUCUCGGACACUCCAUCCUCUAUCAGGGGGAAAGCAGACUCCCUCUUCCCCAAUUGGUCCAGCCUCAGCAGCUUCCAUUCACAAAGCCUCCUCCCAGCCAUGGAGGGUGCUCUUGUGCAGAGCCUGUUGCAGCAGGACUGCUUCAGCAAAUAUCGGGAGGAGUUUCUGCAGUAUUCCCAGUACAUUAGGACUAAACCAGAACUGGACUCUCCCCUGGUCACACAGGCUGCAGACUUUUUUAAGUCAAAGCUCUCCUCAGCGUCCCCCCUCUCUCCCCUGUCCUUCCCUCACUGCCUCCAGGCCCCCCCUCAGAGGCUGCAGCAGUACUGUGAGGCCCUUGAGGAGCUUGGAGGGAUAAAUCCUGCCUCUGACUCCGCCCUCUCCAUCCUGAAGCAUGCCCAGCGGCAUGGUGAGGACCUCAGGACCAGUGACCUCAUCAUUGGUUGUCCGGUCCCCGUGGCGGAGCGCGGCGACUUGGUGCGGCAGGGUGAGUUGAUACUAUGCGGAGGAGCGAGGAGGAAGCGGACCGGCAUGAGAAAUGUUUUCCUGUACCAGCAUAUUAUCAUCUUCACCAAACAGAAGAGCUCGGGUCCAGGACGCACUGCCUACAGCUACAAACACAGUAUUAAGACGGGGGAGAUGGGUCUGACACAGAGUGUGGGAGACGACGGCCUCAAGUUUGAAGUUUGGGUCCGACAGGCUCCUCGAACAAGAGACUGCAUCACGCUGCAAGCCCGGGACAAAGAAGACAAGGAGGUGUGGACUCAUGAUAUUGCUCAUCUUCUGUGGACACAUGCCAUCAACAACACAGAGUUGUGUCUGAAGGAGUCACUCUGCAUGGGAGUUUCCAGUAAGCUGCUGCUGGAUGCCACAGGAACAGCAGCCUCAGAGCUGGACUCCAUCUACAGUCUAAAUGAGAGAGUUCACAGUAGCUGCUCAGACUCCUCCUCCGUCGGCAGUCAGAAGGAGGGGGGUUCCCCGGCGUCUGGGAGAGACCCUAAGAGAAGCUCCGGAUCAACAAGUACCACACAGAGUCAGUCUCCUUCAACAGCCGUCUAAGUGCCAUCCUAAAGAUAAGUGAGAAAAUGGACCCUGGACUUUACUGAGAUUUAAACAUUCCACCUCUGGUACAGUUAAACUGAACUGAGAAGCUCAAUCAGAAAAAAUGCUUUUCAACUUCUCCUUCUCCUUGUGUCCCUUCCUCCUCGUCACCAAUGAAAUACCAACAGAUUACUGAAUCCAGCGCUGCAGUGCCUCCACAACUUCUAAACCUCUCAUUUCUGAUAUGACUCCUGAAGAAAAGCUGCAUCCAAAGCGGAUCAAAACUGCCCUGUUCAACCAUGACAAGCACCAGCAAGGCUCUCUGCACUCCGCCAUUUUGGAUCUGCCAGUCUCCGUUGCUGGCAGAGUCACUGACACCAAAGGCACUUCAGCCACACAGUGCAGUCAUUGUCUGCCUCGCGGCUCCCCACUAGGCCAAACCACUCGGUCUGAACCACUGACUGCCUGGCUGACUGACUGUAUGGAUCACAUGCUCCAGUGUCUGAUACUUAAGAAGAAAUAUGCAAGGCAUGAAUUCACCGUGGGAUUGAUGAUUUUCAUACACUUUUAGAACCUUUCUGCUCCUGCUUGCCUGUGCAAAAACACAUGGUGUAAUCUAGGUGUGACUGCAUCUAUGUAAAUGAAGCAGGGUGGUGUGAGUGCCUGCACACAGUGUCUCUCACCAUAUCCAGUCAUUCUUAUUGUGGUAAGACAGUGAAGCACUGUUCAGGCCAUGUUAGGGCCCCGUACAGUGAAUAAAUCAACGACAGGCAUGCCUGCAUCUUAAUUUAAAAAAGCACUGCCUUGAUGUAAAGAACAAGAAUAUGAUAAAAGACUGUUAAACAUUUUGUUACUGUGUAUGAUAAAGCUAAUUGUUUGUACUAACAGUGCCAAGGAUCAAACUGCUAUUUAGUUUUCUGAACUCUAAGUUAUGCCAGCAGUAUGAGCUUCUUGGUGUCUUACAAUGAUUAUCCUGCCUCGGGGGCAGUCACUCCAGGCACUGGCAAAUUUUAUUUGCAAUGGGAAAAACCGGAAACCUGAUGACAUAGACUCCUGCAACAGCUAUGAUGUCAGUGUAGAACUACACAAUAGUAGGUAUUUACAGUCAGAGCUGCGAGGACUGAACUGUUUAGUAAAAUAAGAUCCUGGGUCAUGCAUCAAGGUUUCUCAAUGAACACAUGCACUAUAGGAAAUUUUUACUUAGACUGUUCCUUCUCUACCAGAGUGGUUGAGUAUAUCAUAGAAUGUGUGAUAUGACAAACCAGGAUGCUAGGGUUAUAAAUUUUGGAAACACUUUACACGUGUUACCUCACCAAAAAUCUGAGGAUAGCCACAAAUUUUGUGCUUCACAUUACAACAAAAUAGUAAGGCACUGAAAAUGCCAGAGAGACUGUCCCUUUAUAAGGCAAGUCAUGGUGAGAAUUUAAUAAUGUAGCUGCAUGAUGCUAUAUUCUAUAUACAAAAGGUAUACAAAAAGUGACUGUCCAAUGCAAAGAUGGUAUCUUUACAUUUGAUCUUUAUUUCAAUACAAUGUUUCCAAGGGGAAUAAAAUAAGCUUUAGCUCCAGUUUUACCGAUUGUGUGAAUACAGCUAAAAGAGAUGAACAAUAUUUGAUUAUUUAAAAAAAAAAAAAAAAAAAAAAAUUACCAAUUACUUAUUUACCAGUAUUUGGUCCAAAAGUGUUCUGCUACAAAUUUCCCAAAGUUUCUUGAAAACAUUUUUCAGAUUCUGUUACAGUCUACAUCCACUGGCCCCUUUAUCUGACCAGACCUAGAUCUCAGAAACUGUGCUAUAUUCCUAUCGACAGGCCAGCCCUCCGCGCAACUGCGCAAGCAUGCACAAUAUUGUCUGCACACGGAACUGCUGAUUUAUGUGACAAGACACACAAUUCGACAAAACACAGGGCCGCGUGCUGCUAGCUAUUAGCCAAGAGCGAUAGAAAGUCAUGUACCACUGCUGAAAUGGGUGAAUUUAAGCUACCAUACGAAAGUAUUGAUGUGAAUUCUGAUACAGAAUUAUCCUAUCACAAUUGAUGGAUUUUCAUAUUUAAUGGAUUACUCCGCGCCGACUGCUGUUGGAGCGACGCUGCCUCACAGAAAGCCUCGCCGACCAAAUUACCUACAGAAAAAUAAACCGUGCAAACAAUGGAAUUGGAUUAGAAUGGGAAUAACCCCCCUGUGUCUGAUGAUUUACAGGCAUUCAUGUUGGUUAUACUGUCGCAAAUUUAGGAGUUUUACUGGCAAUGUAUUCCCUAAAUCUCAGGCAACAAGAUCCUACAUCUGAAAGAGCCAUAAUACAUAUUGAAUACACAUUUAUUAAUACAAAUUGGACAGUGUAAAUUAUGUGACUGAUGCAGUCUGAUAUGAAUCGAGAGACAGUUUCAGGUCAAACUCACAAAAACACAGAAGUUAAAUGAUGCACAUGAUAUCUAAACCUUGACAGCUGGUGGUACGGUGCAGGCAAAAAAAUAGGUAUUUUCUUUGAUUUUAAGAAUUCCUUUGACAUAAUAAUGCAUGUUUCACAGCAGCAAGCACACAUCAGUAAAACAAAUCAGAAAAAUACAACUGAUAUCACGGAUCAGGUACAAUAUGACAGCAAUGGGAUGGGUGGGGGCGAGCUCGUGUGCAGAAAGCAGCAGCAGAUUUAGCACAUUUCAUAUUUGCAUUCAAAAAUUGUAAAUGGCUAUUGAGCUGCUCUGAAUCAAUAUGUAAUUUGUCGGCAUAGAGAAGACUGUACACUUCGUAGCCUUUAGCUGUUUGGUACAAUGAGUUAUAUUGGAAGCAUUGUAAUGAACACCAUCUUUCAUUCUUACCGCAGUAUAGAUUAUCAUAUUCACAAUCUUUGUACGAGAGUGCAAAUCAGUUUUAAUGUACAGAAACUUUUCUUACGUGAGCCUUUGUGCCAGAUGUUUACAUUUUUUUUUUUGAAGGAAUGUUAUGCAUGUGUGGUAUGCUUAUUAUACUUGGUGAUAUUUGUACCUUUUUUUAACUGUGUGUAUGUUGGAUUAAAACUGGAUUUUUACAACA